UUUUCAACAUGCAAAUUAUAUUUUCUUUUUCUACUAUCAUUAAAAUCAUUUUUAAAAUAUAUUCUUCUUGAAGAUAAGAUACAAACUGCAAGACAUAAAACAUUUAAAAUGAUUUUAAGAAAUUAAUAUUUAUUUUAGGUUUCUUCUAAGUUACCUUAAAAGGAACUCUUUCAUUGCUGCAUCCACCUGCAAAAGCAAAACAGUUUCUCUGCCUUCAUCUUCAAAUAUUAAACCCAAAAAAAAAGAGAGAAGAAAAAAAACUAUAGCCGAGCUUACCGGAAAUUGGUUAUCAAAACUAUUUUUACUUGGAAUUGGUUUGGUUAAUUAAUACCGAAUCGAUUGCUUUAUGACUGUCAACUGAAACGACGUCGUCAUUAUCCUUUAACCACACUUUAUUUUUCUUUUCUUUUUUCCUCCAAAAUUUAUGAGUCGUCGUCUUCAUUUCUGAGUUCAAAAUCCUGAGAAUUCUCUUUUUCUUCCAUCACCAAGACGAGCGAAGAUCUUGUUGAAGAGAGAGAGAAUGGUGUUUCCCACUGACAACAGUUCACCAAGAAGCAACAAAAAAACCCGUCUUUUAAAACAUUGUAUCACCUCCAUUGAUGGAUCUGAAGCUCCUCAAACUCGUUCAGCUCCUUCUCCUCUUUACUUAAAGUUGCUGCCUUUCAGUGUCUCCUUCAAUGGGUGGAGAAUUCCAAACAAAAAUUUCAAGUCUUGGGCAAGAAAAAUGGCUGCUUUACACGAACCCAUUUGGAGAAAAGCUGGAAUUUUCGAAGCCGUCAUAGCAUCCACAUACAAAAUCUAUCAAAACACAGAGCUGGUUCUGGGUGUUGCUGAGAAAUGGUGUCCUGACACCAAAACCUUUGUUUUCUCUUGGGGUGAAACAACCAUUACACUUGAAGACGUUAUGGUGCUUUUAGGUUUCUCUGUUUUGGGUUCACCGGUUUUUGCUACUCUGGAUAGCUCAGGAGAGAGUAUGAGGGAGAAGCUGGAGAACGAAUGGAAGAAGGUUAAGAAAGAUAAUGGCAAAUUUGUAACCCAAAUAGCAUGGAUGGCGAGAUUCAUGGACAGUGGUGAUGAGCUUGAGCAUGUGGCUUUCUUAGUGUUGUGGCUUAGCUACUUUGUGUUUCCAUCACGCUUUUAUCAUCUCUACAAAGCUAGUUUUCCAAUUUCUGUUCAUCUUUCUAGUGGUACUAGGAUUGCUCUUGCUCCUGCUGUUCUUGCUCAUUUGUAUGCAGACCUAACUCUCUUGAAAAACCACACUAGAGGUUUCAACCAAUCAACGAUUACUGCCAAAAUUGAUCUCACUGCCUUGUUUAAGUUGGUUCAAGUUUGGACAUGGGAAAGAUUCAGGGAACUACAGCCAAAACCAAAUCCGUUGCUAAAAGGUGAGCCAAGAUUGACUCUCUGGCAUGACCUGAAACAAAAAACCAGCGAUGUGAGGCAGAUUCUGGAUAGCUCGAAAAUCGACAGUUUUGAAUGGCGUCCCUACACAAAAACUGUGAAAAACUGGGAAUUUCCUCAGUUUUACCCUGAGAAAGAGAUGUGGGUUUCUGUUUGUCCAAGUCUUGAUGAUGUAUUCCUCUCCUUUGCUCGAUGCAUAAGGGUGUCUGAGCUUGUUGGAAUUAACAAAGUGAAGCAAUACUUUCCUAAUCGAGUGACUUCACAGUUUGGGAUGCUUCAGGAUGUUCCUUGUCCUGCAAACCAGAAAAAACUCUCACAGGAGGCAGCUUGGAAUGAUUACAGUAAGCCGGUUGAUGAUUUGACAUUAUACAUUCCUUCCCGUUGUGCACUACCUUGUGUUACUCCAAAGUUCUGCGAGUGGUGGAGGAAGUCGUUUCCUGGAUUCAAGUUUUCUUCGGAAGAGAAUGUGGUUGUUGAAUCAGCUGAAACAUUCAAAGAAAGAACCAUCAUAGGUGAUGAUGAUAGUUUUAUUCCUUCUGGCUCUAUGAUGAACAGAACAAGCGAGGAUGGAAUGAAGAAAUAUGAGGAUUCGAUAAACAAGAGACCCAAGUACAUAAAACAAGCUCGUGAAAACGGUCCUAAGAUGAACAAAACAAGUAAGGAUGCAAUGAAGAUAGCUGAGGUUUUUAACAAGAGACGCAAGUACAUGAAGCGAGCUCGUGAGAAUGAUGAGAUUACUAUGGGUCGUUGUCAUACACAGGUUCCUUCAGACAAUGAUGAAGUAGAUGGUAGACUCACCAUUGCUCAAAUGGUGGGACCUAGUAAGAAGAAAUAUAGUGAUGUUAAGAAAAGUAGACGAGAUACAUCUGAACCGCUUGAUAAAAAAUGUAGAGUUGAGGUGGAUAACAAUGAUUCGGGGCCUUGUCAAAAGCUUGCUUCGAUAAGUUAUGAUGGAGAUGAGACUGUACCAUCAUCAGAAAUAGAGCAAAAGAAUGAAGCGACUGAUGAAAGUGGAAGCAAAGCAGGUAAGAAUGCUGUGUCACCACCAGAGAAAAGGAAAACAUGUGAUGAUGAGCUUGAUGUAAAUGAAAGUAAUGCAGAUAUGAUCAAUGAUGGCAGCGAGCAACCAAAGUGUUUGCUGCUCCACGAAGAUGGUAUCAUAGCAGGAGAAAAGGCGAGCUCAGAAGAGAAGUUAUGCAGUGGUGAAGCUGAGAAGGAAGAUGAUGUAGUUGUUGAUGACAGUUUGAUGAACAACAAUGAACCAGUCCCUCAUCAACAGCAUGCAUCUGAUGAAACAAGCAGUGCAUAUGAGAGUGGGGUUCUGAGCCCAUCUGAUGAGUCAAACAUUGACAUCGCUGUAGGGGAAGGAAGCCAGGGACGGGAUUGUUUGCUUCAUGGUAAUGGCCUCGGAAGUGAUGAAACCAUGGAAUCCAAUGAGCAGUUAGAGGAUUUAGAAAAGAGAAACAAUGAUUUUGGUGAAGGUGAUGCUGGUAAUGACUCCUACGAAAAGAGAUUUCACGAGCUGAGGGUUCUGGCAUUGUCGAUAAAGGAGCGUAUUAUUAAGGCACAAAAAACUGUGGCAUGGUUGAAAGAAAGGUGAGACUCACAACAGAGAAAAUUAAAUAGCAGCAGCUCGUUUUUGUCAAAUGCAAGUAGAAAUCAAAGAUCAAUCUCAUCUAUGUGAUCUUUUGGUUUAGUAUCUUUUUAUUUAUCUGCUUACUAUCUUUUGAGGACUGGUUUCCUUUUAAGCGUUUCCUUUGUAUCCUUCAAACUCACUUGUGAAGUUCUUGGUGUGUUGUAGAUUAGAGUUUUCUAACAGAGAUAGCUUCAUCCUUAAAAGUAACUGCCUAAUGUAAAUCGCAGUUACAUAAGGAUGGUUUUUUGGGUUAAAAUGUUGAGAGCCAUUGAAAGCCUAAACCUUUUGAUGCAAAACCAGCCUGCACAAAUCUUCUGAGUCUGCAAGAACCAUUGUCUCAUGACAACAGUGAGAGCAGCUGCAAUAACUGUAUUACAAGACAUUCAGAGAAACUGAAGAAACUGUGAGGUCUUAUAAAGUUUUUUCUUGGAUUAGUCCUCCUGUGUUCCAUCAAUAGUAGCACUAACCACUAAACAAGUAAAUAUAUUUUGAUUUAUAUAGUGUAGAGAAUUUCAAUUUUAAUUAGAACAUUAUGACGGUAGAGAAGAGUUUAGUAAAGAGAAAACCAGAGGAAAAAUGGAGUUUCUGGUUAGGAUCUCAUGGAAACAAAAGAACAAUGUCACACGUAUUAAUCUUUUGAUGUUAUCUCUUUUGCUAUUUUGCAUAUAUAGAGAGCUUUAA